AUGAUGUUCCAACAAGAGUAUCCAUUAAGCUACAAAUUCUUUGAUUGCUUCGAAAACGCCAUCGUAUCAGGUCCCGGCGGCCUAACGUCACAGCUAAACCCCCUUUCAUCCUCUUCUUCUUAUUCAGCGACACCAUUCUGUUGCACCACAGCAGAUAAACAAUCUCAUUCAACGGAAAAAUUAGCUCGAGAUGGUUUUGGUGAAGAACCGCCGCGGAAGAGGAGGAGGAGGAGAACGAGAAGUGACAAGAAGAUAGAAGAGAGAGAGAACCAAAGGAUGAAUCAUAUUGCCGUCGAACGUAACCGGAGAAAACAGAUGAAUCAUUUUCUCUCUACCCUCAAAUCUAUGAUCCCUCUCUCUUAUUCCCAACGUAGUGACCAAGCAUCAAUCGUAGAAGGUACCAUUAACUAUCUAAAGAAGCAAGAACAACUUCUUCAGUCACUCGAAGCCCAAUUAAAAUCUACAGAUCACAAUCAAUCACCAAACAUAUUCUCCGACUUCUUUAUCUUCCCUCAAUACUCCACCAUCACCGCCACCUCCUCCUCCUCGGAAAACCACUGCCAACACGAGAGGCUGGCGCAAGGAGCGGCGGUUGCUGAUGUGGAGGUUACAAUGAUGGAAAAACAUACCAACAUUAAAGUGUUAACAAAGACACGGCCAAGAUUACUCUUCAAGGUUAUCAGUGAGCUUUACUCUUUAGGGUUAAGUACUCUUCAUCUCAACCUCACAACUUCCCGAGGCAUGUCUCUCUUUACUUUAAGCGUCAAGGUAGAGCAAGAUUGUCAAUUAACGACUACAGUUAGUGAGAUCGCAGACGCUGUGCAUGACGUCGUUAGAAGAAUACAAAAGGUAAAGGACGGAAAUUGA